AUGGCGUCCGGAAAUGACUGGUGGCGGGCGAUCCAAGAGUAUGACUUUAAUGAUGCAUACUUCAACAACGUUGGUUCCAGCAAUGACUGUGAAUUUGAUGUUGAUGAUGAUGAUGAUUGGAGUGAUUUGGAUUCCGAACAUGAAGAAGAGGCAGAGUUUAAUUUAGUGAAUCCUAUAGUUGGGGAGAUGUAUACGUAUAUGCAGCGACAUUAUGAUAAACAACCAAUGCGUGCUAGUACGUUGACCGGUAAGGCAUAUAUGGACGAGGUCACUGAUGGUAAUGCUAUGAACUGUUAUGAGAUGUUCCGCAUGACACCUGAAUUACUUUUACAUUUAGUGGAUGAGUUGGCUCAACAUGGUUACUUGAGGGACGGACGUGGUGAGGUGAAUGCCACUCAGGCCGUGGCCAUGUUAUUGUACGUACUUGGAUACAACACCCGCUUUAGAUGUGUUGCCGACAGGUUUCAGCACUCAACAGAAACCGUGUGCCGGCAUUUUCGUCAGACAUUGCGAGCUGUCCACCAUUACGCGAAGCAUUUAAUUAAACCUGAUCAGAAUGUCACAAGCCUCCCUGAACAUCUUCAAGUGAACAAGUACUGGCCAUGGUUUGAGAGAUGUAUUGGAGCAAUUGAUGGAACGCACGUGAGUGCCCGACCUCCUAAGAAUGAGACUCAAGCACACAGGGACCGUAAGAGCCAUAUAACAACUAAUGUGCUGUGUGUGUGUAACAUGGACAUGCAGUUCACAUUUAUCCAUGGUGGGUGGGAGGGCAGUGCAAAUGACUCAAGGGUUUUCGAGGAAGCGAUCAGCGACCAGAAACAUGGAUUCCCAUGGCCACCAACAGGGUCGUACUAUUUAGUGGAUUCGGGUCUACCAAUUGGCACCAGUUUUCUCCCCCCUCACAAGUCAACUAGGUACCAUGUGCAAGAAUUCAACUCAAGUGGUAGACGGAUAACAUCAAAGAAAGAAUUGUACAACUACAGGCAUUUGUCCUUACGGAUGGUUAUUGAGCGGUCCUUUGGAGUGCUAAAGGCCCGUUUCCCCAUUCUGAAUUUAAUGCCAAGUUAUAAGCCGAUUAAGCAGCGGUACGUGAUUAUUGUGUGCUGUGCUCUACACAAUUUCAUACGCAUAAACAAUCGGAGAGAUAAAUUGUUCAGAACAAUAGGAGAGAGUGAUGGCGAAGGUAGUGCGACCAAUGGUGAAGGCGGUGGAGAUGUUGGAGCAUCAACAAGCUCAGCAACCCAAAGGCAUGUACUAGAAAUGUCAAGUGCAUCAAAGAGAGCGAUGGCCCAAUUGAGGGACAAUAUCACUGACAUAAUGUGGAAUGAUUAUGUUGCUCGUGGAAAUGUGAGAUGA